AUGGCUUCCCUUUGCCUCAAUUCCUUACUUCCGCUUCCUCCUUCUCAUCCCCAGAAACUUCUCGAGCCUUCUUCUUCUUCCUCCUCUUUGUUGAGCAGUUCCAAUUGUAACGAAGUUGCUCUGAAGCCGAUCGUCAUCAAUGGAGACCCACCCACUUUCGUCUCUGCCCCUUCUCGCCGCAUCAUCGCAGUUGGAGACCUUCAUGGCGAUCUGAGUAAAGCCAGAGAUGCCCUUCAGAUUGCCGGAGUCUUGAGCUCCGAUGGACGAGACCAGUGGAUCGGUGAAGACACUGUACUAGUUCAGGUUGGAGAUAUACUGGAUCGUGGCGAUGAUGAAAUUGCAAUACUCUCCUUAUUGAGUUUACUUGAUGAACAGGCGAAAGCUAGCGGUGGAGCUGUUUUCCAGGUUAAUGGGAACCAUGAGACGAUGAACGUUGAAGGGGACUUCAGAUACGUAGAUGCGAGAGCAUUCGAUGAGUGUACAGAUUUUCUUGACUACUUGGAGGACUACGCACAAGACUGGGACAGGGCCUUUAAGAAUUGGAUUUUUGAGUCGAGACAAUGGAAAGAAGAUAGGAGAAAUUCUCAAACGUAUUGGGAUCAAUGGAAUGUAGUAAAGAGGCAAAAGGGAGUGAUUGCAAGGUCGGUUCUUUUCAGACCAGGUGGUCGACUGGCGUGUGAAUUGGCGCGUCACGGAGUUAUCUUGCGUGUUAACAACUGGGUUUUCUGCCACGGUGGUCUCCUUCCUCACCACGUUGCAUACGGCGUAGAGAGGAUAAACAGAGAAGUCUCUACUUGGAUGAGAAGCUCUGCUGACGACUACGAAGAGAGUCCCCAGAUGCCAUUCAUUGCAACUCGGGGAUAUGACAGUGUGGUAGGUAAAAUUCUCCGGGACACUCUUGAAGCUGUCGGUGCCAAGGCUAUGGUGGUCGGGCAUACUCCCCAGUUAUCCGGCGUAAACUGUGAAUAUGGUUGCGGCAUAUGGAGGGUUGAUGUGGGAAUGUCUAGUGGUGUUCUCGAUUCUAGACCAGAGGUUCUGGAGAUAAGAGGGGACAAAGCUAGAGUUAUAAGGAGCAACCGGGACAGACUUCAUGAACUUCAAGUUGCAGACUACAUUUAA